CAAGACAGACAGCAAAGCAUCCGAUGCAACGAAUCGAGCGCAUCCAGCAGCAACUGCAUGCGGCCACCACGGGCAUGCCGACUGAAAUCGUCAUCGUGGCUGCAACUCGCACGCCAAUCGCUAAGGGAAAGCGCGGAUCGUUCAAGGAUACGACGCCAGACGUUCUCCUUCGACACGUGUUCGAAGGCUUGCUUGCGCAGACGAAGAUCGACCCAACCAUGAUUGGAGACGUCGUUGUUGGGAACGUGCUGCAGCAAGGGUCGGCGGCAGGAGGGGCUCGCAUGGGUCAAUUAUGUGCGGGCAUUCCCUUCUCUGUACCGCUCAGUACUGUGAACCGGCAAUGCUCUUCAGGACUCCAAGCGUUCGCAAAUGUCGCCAGUGCGAUCCAAGCUGGUUUUUAUGACGUCGGGAUUGCUGCAGGAGUUGAGUGCAUGUCGCUGACAGAUAUGGGCGCGAGCGCGCCCGACGUUUGUUGGGAACAGGUGCAUGCCAACGAAGCUGCUCGCAACUGUACCGUGCCCAUGGGCAUUACGUCGGAGAACGUCGCGGAAAAGUAUGGCAUUACUCGCUCCCAACAGGAUGCCUUUGCUGCCGAAUCGCAUGCGAAAGCCCAUGCAGCCCAGCAACAUGGAUGGUUUGACCGAGAGAUCACGCCGGUGACGACGACUUGUUCGACCGCUGACGGCCGCGAUGAGCAAGUGACUGUCACCAAAGACGAAGGGGUUCGAGCAGGCACGACCGUCGAGGGUCUAGCAAAGCUCAAGCCUUCGUUUAAGCCGAAUGGCACGACCACUGCCGGCAAUUCGAGUCAAGUGAGCGACGGCGCCGCGGCGUGCCUCGUCACGACGCGCCGUGUGGCCGAGCAACUGAAGCUCCCGAUUCUCGGCUCGUUCGUGUCCUAUGCGGUGGUCGGUGUCCCGCCUGAGAUUAUGGGCAUUGGUCCGGCGGUCGCGAUUCCGGCGGCGCUCAAGAAGGCCGGCUUGACCAUCGACCAGAUCGACGUGUUUGAACUGAACGAAGCGUUUGCGAGCCAGGCGCUGUACUGCCAAACGACGCUUAAAAUUCCAAGCCACAAAGUCAACCCGACCGGAGGAGCCAUUGCGCUGGGCCACCCGCUCGGGUGCACGGGGGCACGUCAAAUCGCGACGUUGCUGCAUGGACUGCAUCGCACGAACCAAACGUACGGCGUCGUGUCGAUGUGCAUUGGGACGGGCAUGGGUGCCGCUGCUGUCUUCAAACGCGAGUAGAUGACGAAACCACCUUCCCACGUGGUGCACAGGACACCCAUCGCACCACCGUGACGAACCUCUCCUGGAAAACAGAAAUCUCAGUCAACGUAAGGGUCGCAAUGGGAUGGAUUUCCAUCGCGCAGCGUACUCCGCGUCAUGUGAAAAUCAUCGAGCACGCUAUAUCGGGUGCACAUGACCUCCAUCUGGUCCA